AUGAAGAUUCAAAUCAUUAUUGGCAUUAUUCACCAACCCCAACUCACAAAUUAUUGGAAAAAAGAGCAUGAAUUAUUUGGGUGUGAAAGAGUUAAACAAUUAAUGUCAAGAACACGAUACUAUCAAGUAAAAAAACAUUUCUAUGUCGAUGUAACAUUUUGGCAAUAUUAUUUUUCAAAAACAUUCCAAAAGUAUUGGGAGCCUGGUACUCAUGUUACAGUGGACGAAACCGUGAUCCGAUUCAAGGGAAGAUAUCUUUUUCGACAGUAUGUCCGAAACAAACCAAACUCUACUGGAUCGGAUAAGGAUAACCCGUUCCCUGCAUAUGAUACCAAUAUUUCAGAGUCGGAAGAACAAAUCGAGUCCCACAUGGUUACUGACACUCCUGACAACACGAGAUCACGUCAGACGAGUUUGACCUCAACCACUGCCACAUCUACAUCCACAACCACAACCACAACCACAACCACAACCACAACCACAACCACAACCACAACCACAACCACAACCACAACCACAACCACAACCACAACCACAACCACAACCACAACCACAACCACAACCACAACCACAGCCACAACCACAACCACAACUACAACUACAACUACAACUACAACUCCAACUCCAACUCCAACAUCAAUUCAACAACAAUACAACUCUGUUAUGUCGGUCAGAUAUAACAAUUUAAAACAAGAAACAACCAGGGCAUUAGAAGAGAUCAAUAACAAAGUAAAGUUUUGGGUCCCAACUCUCCCAACAAGACCAUCGGAUAUUGUUAUCUUCCUGACAGUGACUUGUUUUGAUGAUCCAAAGAAGCAUGUGGUUUAUGCUGAUCAAUAUUAUGGAUCUGACAAACUUGCUCGGUAUUUUAAUGCCAAAGGUUGGAAAAUUGGCGAGACUAUUGGUGCCACAUCUAACUCACCAACACAAUAUAUUAAAAAUUCAACUACAGGAAGAGUAGUAGAUACACGACCGGAAAUGAUACAAGCUUACAAUAUUCAUAAAUGUGGUGUGGAUAAAGCAGACUCAAACUUAAAUCGAUUUUUGUCUAAGAAUAAAAACCACAAAUAUUCUCAAGCGGCUAUGUUUGGAAUUCUCAGUAUGGCUAUUUCAAAUGCUUGGAUCAUUUACAAAAAGUUGGGCACUACCCCAGAACAAAAAAAUAUUAUUAAUUAA